AUGUUCAUUCUUAAUGCCUUACGGCUGGUCCAGGCCGGUAGAGCAUUCUCGGCAACCGCUGCUUCUCACUUUCCGAAGCUGAAGAGCCAUUCCGGUGCAAAGAAGAGGUGGAAAGCACUAGCAAAUGGCCAAUUUAAACGCGCGCAAGCUGGUCAUCAACAUUUGAACGAGCACAAGCGUCCCAGUAGAAAAAAUCGUCUGGCUCAGACAACUUACUCCAGCACGACUCAAAGGGCAAAACUACAUAAACUGUUGCCAUACGGAAGCUAA